GAGCCUAGCUUCAGACGAUUCCUCUCAGGCUUAUGGAAUCGUUCACAGUCUUUACUUCGUAGUCUGUGGUUUUAUGAAGGAUUAACAACGAAAUGCAUUUCUAGAACUGCUAAAUGAUAACGUAAAACAUGCAAAUGUUACACAUUGCAUUCCAACUAACUUACCUGGCAGUUGCUUCAAACUUUGGAUCAAUUUUCACUGUUCUGAUAUGUUGUUCAGCAAUGAUCCUUCUUAUCCGGCAGUUCAGACUACAUGAGUUUGAACUUGCUGCGACAUCAGUUGUAGAGGUAAAACAACCAGCUCAGGAACAGUUCUUAGCUAAAGUUAAUUUACCAUUUUCAUUGGAAAUAGGAAAAUUUGACUCCAGUGGAUUAGAUAGCCAUCAUCUAACUUUGUACUCCACCAGCUACUUUCCAUGUCUUUUUGUUGUUUGCAGACAAAUGUCAGCCGACAAAGUAAAAGUCUUUUUUAAUGAACCAUGGCAAAAGUUUAUUGAAAUAUUCACAACUGAAGAGAAAAUUUUACCUAAUAUGCAGAUAUAUGCCAAAGAGGAUGUUCAUUUAUCCAAGCCUUUCUUAAUACAGUGUCCGAUUAGUCAAUUGCCAAGAUUGACAUACGCCUUUGUCACUUUUCACAUCAGAACAGAUGUUGAAUGUAUCAGAGAUGAAGAACCAGCAGCCAUAAUCACUAUUCUCCAUAUUCCAGACCGUUAUUGCAACGCUCCGGCAACGACUUUGUGUCAGUACCUGAAAUUCAAAGGCGGCCGGGUCUUAAACCUUAAGCCGUUGUAUUCACAGGAGAAGAAUGAAAGUACAGAUGAAGAUGACUCAAUGCGGAGAUUUCUCAAAGAAGGCAACGUCAGCUGCAUUAUCUGUUGGAAUUUACCGACUACACAUGUUUUGCUGCCUUGCAGACAUGCUUGUCUCUGUGCGAAUUGCUUCAAGCGCGUAGAAAAUUGCCCCAUUUGUCGCAGUCGUGUCAUUUCGUUCUUUGUAAUCUAGUACAAAUAGGUCUCGAGAAAUACCCAUUUAAAACCAUAUAUAUUUCCACAAUUGCACGAAAAUGGUUAACACAAAAAAAAACACAGCUAUUACAAAGCUGGGAGUAUUUUAAGAAUCCAUCCGCUCCCUGAUCUUCAUUUAUAAUUAUUUCUCAUUUACAUCUUUCAAACUGCAGGAAAAAAAACUAAGUCUAGUAUGAAAUAUGGCCCUUUCAGUAAUCAGAUUGUUCCAAAUUCAUUUUUUGUUAGAGAGAAAUUGUUUGUUGAACGUACUAACCAUAGACCACCUGUUCACCUGCGUUUCAGAAGGGGCGAUGAUGACGUGUGCUGCAUUUUGUGCCAGUCCCACCUCGCCCCUUUGCACAGGUGUUAGCUGUGUGCACUGCACCACGUGUAUCACUUGCACGAACGUGGCGUACCAGCUGAUCGAUGCAUUCAACAAUGUCAUAAAUGUUAGAAAGUCUGAUUUUAAAAGAAAUAUUUAUUUUGAGCCCUCCGUUAAAAUCGCUUUUUUACAAUAUGCAUCAUUCUGCAUGUUAUAAACACAAUAUGAAUGUUGAGCUCGUACAUGUAAAUCAUCGUUUGAUAAAUUACUCCAUGAAGCUCAUUAAAGAGAAACAACUGGUACGUGAGACAACAUACACCGCUAAUAAAAUUUGCUGUAAACAGCUAUUUGACAUUAAAAUUCAUAAAGUUGUAGUGUAGAAAUUUGAACAGAUUCGUAAUUUAUAAGUUGGAAAAAAAGAUAUUUUAUAAAUAUUCGUAGACAGUGACCCUAUCACUGUUCCCUGUUCAGGCAAAUACACAGAAUGAGACACGAA